UCUAUCAAUUACCUUUUGUAUAUUGAUUAAAUACAUCAACAAGAGCCAUGAUCUCGUAUUAACGUCUCCUGUUUUGACUGAACACAAACCUAAAACAAAAGUUAGCUUCUGGCGAACUUGUCGUUUUUAAGCUAGGCGACGUUGAAACUUCACGGGUGCUGGACGCCGAAUAUCAUCGAGGAAGACAAUCAUUUGCAGUUAAUGCUGUUUUUGCGCACAUCCUCGUGUGCUACGGGAAGACCAUGUCGUUCCUAAUUUGUUUUAGAAUUAGCUCUUUUAUUCGGCGCUAUGUUUUUGUGCAGUCCUCGUCAGUUAUUCAAUGUGUUGAAUGACGGAUGGCGUAUAGUGGAGUAUUGUAGUUCCAUGUAUAAGGUGUUUAAUUUGGGACGUAUGCAUCUCCAAUUGUGGCCGGGAGAAGCAGACUAGUUAGUCAUAAUAAACGAUCCAAUGUCACUUAUUAGCGCACUCAGCCUGAGUGGAGUCACGUUGCUUCAAUCUCAAGUGCCUACAGGAUGCUUAACAGUUUGUACUGGUGUACAAGAGAGGAUGGCCAGCUUGUGGCGGUCCUACCAGGCCCUGAUGGCAAGACACCCGUGGACUGUGCAGAUUGUGACGGCAGGCUCGCUGGUGGGCGUGGGCGACGUCAUUUCCCAGCAGUUGAUUGAGAGACGGGGACUCGCUCGUCACAACGUGCGCCGCACCGCCAAGAUGAUGAGCAUUGGCUUCUUUUUCGUGGGUCCGGUCAUCGGAAGCUGGUACAAAGUCCUGGACCGACUAGUGGUGGGAGGAAGCAAGAGUGCCGCCCUCAAGAAGAUGAUGGUAGAUCAGUUGUGCUUCGCCCCGUGUUUUUUGGGGGCCUUCCUCGCUCUGUCUGGUGUUCUAAACGGACUGACGGUGGAGGAGAACGUCGCCAAGCUGCGCAGGGACUACACCGACGCUCUCGUCUCCAACUAUUAUCUGUGGCCGCCCGUGCAGAUUGCCAACUUCUACUUCAUCCCGCUGCACCACAGGUCAGUCCAACGUGAAGUACAACCACUCGUUCACUGGCUACUUGUAUAUACGGGGGGGUUCCAAGUGUGGCCGGGGGGCCAUUUCUGGCUCCUGGCUGUUUUUUUUUUGUUGUUGUUGUUUUGUUGUUUUUUUUUUGGCCCAUGGCACAUUCUAAAAAUAUCAUUUAACAUGAAAGCGUAAAAAAAACGGUGAAAAUGGAAAAACCAGCAGUCAUUUUACAAGAAUAAAAUCAACAUAUUUAAGACAAAAAGUGGUAAUUUUCCAGCAUACGGUAAUGGAAUAUGAGGAAAAACAACAUAGUUUUAGUAGCAUAAAGUUGAAAUAUUAAAGUUUUGAAGUCGUAUUAUGAGAACUAAACAAAAAAAGUUUUAAAUGAGGUUAGGAAAAAGGCUAUGGGAAUAAGGUCAAAAUAGUACGGGAAUAAUAUGAGGAGAAAAAGAAAAUUGUUGUAAAAAAAAAAAAAAAAAGUAGAAAUGGGUAAAAAAAAAAAAAUAUUUUUUUUUUGACAAUUAAAUAAAAAUAUUAAGAGGAAAAAAAGUUGCAUUUGACAAGAAAAAAUGGCAAUUUUACAAGAAUAAACCCGUAAUAUUAUGAGGAAAAAUAAUGCCAUUUUAGUAGCAUAGAGCUGGAAUAUCAUUAUUUUCAAUUGUAAGAUGAGAAACAAAGAAAAAAGGCUUUAAAUUACUUUUGGGGGAAAAGUUCUACAGUAAUAUAUUAUGGGAAUAAGGUCAAAAUAUUAUGAGAAUAAAGUCAUAAUAUUAUGGGAAUAAAGUCAUAAUAUGAGAAGAAAAUUUACAAGAAGAAAGUUGAAAUGUUGGGAACAUUUCAAAAAAGGUGGCAAUUUUAUGACAAACUAUUGAGGAAAAAUGUCAUUUUAGUAGCAUGGAGUGUAAAUAUUCAAGCCAAAAUGUAUGUGUUUGGGUUUUUUGUUCAUCUUAAUAUGAGAACCAAAACUAAAUAAAGUUGUCAUUUUUGGAGAAUUAGGUUGAGGAAAAAGUGAGAAUUAUGGUAAUAACGUCAAAAUACUAUGGGAAUUACGGUAAAUCAUGAUAUGGAAAUCAAGUCAUAUUACGAGAAGAACAUUUGCAAGAACAAAGUUGAAAUAGUUGGAAUAUUUAAAAAAAAAAAAAAACAGGAGAAAUGGAGAAAAAAACAGCUGGAAUUUUAGGACAAUAAAGUUGUAUUCUAACGAGAAAAAAGCAAUUUUGCCAGCAUACACAAAAAAAAGUUCAUUUUAGUAGCAUGCACUUGAAAUAUUUAAGGCAAAAUGUGUUGGUUUUUUUUAUUAUUAUUAAUUUAAUUUGAGCAUGCAUACAAGUUCCAAUGGAAAACAUCUCAUAGAACAAUUCACAUUUGCACAUGUCCAAAAGGAGUAGGAAGCAAGGCUUAUUUCAUCCUUUCUACUGUUGCCAAGUAGUAUCAUUUUAGUGAUAAUCUAUUUUUAUCAAACCCCCUUUUUAGUAUGGCCAUUUGAGCUGUGACUUUUUUUAAUUGACACUUUGUGUGCUUUUCCCCAGAACGAAAAGCAGUAGCAUCAUCUGCAAAUAAUACUAACUUGAAGUCUUUCGGCACUUUACAGCUGUCAUGACUAUACAAGGUAAACAGUUUUGGAGCCAGUAUUGACCCCUGGGGUACUCCGCACAUGACAUUUAAACUAGCAGAAGUGUAUUCUCCUAGCUUCAUAUCUCUCCUAGCUCCUAGCUGUUAUAGGAAUACAGGCGUAUUAUUACGAGAAGGAAAUGUAGAAGCUGUGAGCCUGCACUUUGGACACGCCGACAUAGAUGGCGUACCCGUGUGAGGACACGCAGCAACAAUGAGUGCGUGCUGGUACUCCUCGGUCUCCACUUUGCAGCCCUCAGUCUCCCCUUGGAUAACAUUAGUAGUGGAGGAGGGCAAACAUGUUCUUGGGACGUGCUCGCUUCACCGCCACCUUUUUAUGAGUGCAUCUACGCU